CUAUCACCUUAAUCCCCUCAUUUCCCAUAUCGCCAUACACAUACACAUAGACAACACCCGAACUGCUGGAUAGCUGUUGUCUGGUUCGGCCUUGCAUACUGUCGUUUUGACUUUCAUGAUGCGUAUUGUUUGAAUCUGCAUGUGCCAUACACCGGCCAACAUCGCCCAUUAUGGCUCAUCCCGCCGAAGAACUCCCCUCCCACGCCUCCCCUAUGAUCUCUCCCAUUCCACGCCCUUCAGCCGGCUACCUAAGCAACUGGUCUGAUCUUCACGAUGGCGCUCCUGCGACGCCAGGCAUACCGGAUAAUCUAAUCUCACCUGCUUUCACACCACCGGCCACACCAGGAGCUAGCACCCCUUCGCGGCAUCUGCAUGCAGAACCGAGAUCAAUACCCGUGGACACUUCCCUCGAUGACCCUUCCACAAAACAACCUCGUUUGGUCGAGAGACUACCGAACGUCGAAUGUCUAGUCCGUGCGCGAAUCCCAACGACGUCGGGGUCGGAGAUGUUUCUAUACCUAUAUCAGAAUGACUCCGACAACAAAGAACAUCUUGCAAUUGUGUUCGGGAAUGACAUUCGAAGUCGGAGCUUGGAUUCUGAGCGGCCGGGCGAAACAGAGAUGGACCGUAUGAUCAGAGGCGCAUAUGUUGGAAGAUUACGACCCGGCAGAACGAGUUCGAGGAUUGACCCCGACAAACACAGAAAACCCCCGAACAAGCGCGCAAGAAGUGGCUCGGCGCUGAAGAACGUCACCAUGGUUCCCGAAGAACCGGUUGUAGAAGGAAACUCGGCGACGUCUGUGCAGCCUCCACCUGCAACCCAGGAUGAACAGAACUCCGAACAGCCCCGAGGCAAGGAGACUGGUCUCGAGCCUCUACUGGAGGCUGUCGAGAUCAGCUCUCCUGGAAAAGCUCCUUUCGUGCGGAUUCACUCGGAAUGCUACACUGGCGAAACAGCCUGGUCAGCCCGUUGCGACUGUGGAGAGCAGCUGGAUGAAGCCGCUCGGUUAAUGUCUCUACCAGGUUCGUCAGGCGGCGUUAUUGUAUAUCUGCGGCAGGAGGGGCGAGGUAUAGGUCUUGCCUCAAAGCUUAAGGCAUACAAUCUACAGGAUCUAGGGAAUGAUACAGUCGAAGCAAACCUUCUUCUGCGGCAUCCGGCUGAUGCUAGAACUUAUGGUCUUGCAACAGCUAUCCUGCAAGAUCUUGGAAUGGGCACAGAUAGCGAUGCCCAGAAGCCUGAGCAGGAAAGGGGUAUCAGACUCCUGACCAAUAACCCGGAUAAAGUCAGAGCUGUAGAAGGUCCGAACAAAGAAGUGCGUGUUCGCGAAAGAGUGGCUAUGAUUCCGAUAGCAUGGAGAACAUCGGGCGUGAAGGGCGUCCGAGGUGCCGAGAUCGAGAAGUACCUGGAGACUAAAAUUGGUCGAAUGGGGCACAUGAUCCACGAAGAAUAGGGUCUCUCGUUGGCCGUGGUCCCAAAUCACUGGUCAGCAAUGCUGACUCCAAAGGAUCUCACAAAACUGAGACAGACAGUCUUGUUUGGGCAUAAAUAUGGACGACCACAGGGCGCUUCUUCUAGGUCCCCAUUCCGAGUUUGCAGGAUGUGCGUCGGGUUGGAAGAAAGUGCUUGAGUUACGACAGUCUCCAGCGACGAAUUGUGUCCGGCAAUCACAGAAUGCCCACGACCGCACGCAAGAGUCCAGGCAGUAUGACCGAUCUUCAGGAUCUCCGAGCACUCAAGAGGCUUGACCGCCAAAUGUCGCAUCUCCGCCACCUUUGCUCCUGGCCGUUGCAAUGGGCAGGCUGACCCAUACAUCUGGCCUUCUCUGCCCUUCUCUGCCCGAAACCU